AUGUCGUGUCAAAACUCCAUAGAGACUAUUCCAAAGAUUCUAGAGCAGUCGCUAAUACCUCAGUAUGCAAAAGAGGCGGAGAGGUCAUUGCGCAGCAUUGAAACCGAACCGGGGUUUUCGAUAAAUCUCCUUCAUGUGAUUGCCUCGACGAAUCUCGCCAUGCCCGUGAGGCUAGCAGGAGCAUUAUACUUCAAGAAUCUUGUCAAGCGGAAAUGGAUCACCCAGGACGGGUCAAACUACUUGCUUCCCCUCGAGGACGUGAUUCAGAUUAAGAAUGAAAUCAUCGACGUGAUGAUCAAGUUCCCGAUGCAGCUUCAAAUCCAAAUUGGCGAAGCAAUAACCUUGAUUGCCGAAUGCGAUUUCCCUCACAACUGGCCCAAUUUGAUCGAUAUUCUCGUGGGCAAACUUUCACCGACGGAUUGGAUCUCCAAUAAGGCCAUCUUGCUCGUUUCGCAUUCUAUAUUCAAGAAAUGGAGACCCUUGUUCAGAUCAGAUGAGUUGUUCUUGGAGAUCAAAUUGGUCUUGGACAAAUUUGUCGAGCCAUUUUUGCAGUUAUUGACGGAAUUGGAUGGCUUGAUCGAUAAGCUGAAGGACAGCGAGGCCGAAUUGGUUAUUUAUUUUGAUAAUUUGCUCUUGUUGAUGCAAAUUUACUACGACUUCAAUUGUCAAGAUAUACCGGAGUUCUUUGAAGAUCACAUGAAUGAGUUGAUGGCAAUUGUUCACAAGUUUUUGGUAUACGAUAACCCGUUGUUGUUGGAUAAGGACGAAGACGAUGAGGUGAGCGUGUUGAUCAAAGUUAAAACCUCGAUUAUCGAAUUGUUGUCGUUGUACGUGACAAGGUACGCAGAUGUGUUUGAGCCGCUCAUACAAACAUUCAUCACAUCCGUUUGGGACUUGAUCAAUAAUUUUGCCACGAGACAGUCCAAAUUCGACUUACUCGUGGUCAAGGCUUUGCAAUUUCUCACGUCGGUGGCCAAGAUCACCGCUUACCAAUCUUUGUUCCAAAGCGAGCGGUCAGUUAAUGAAAUUAUCGAAAAAAUCAUACUACCAAAUAUCAUGUUGAGGGAAAAAGACGAGGAAAUGUUUGAAGACGAGCCAAUUCUAUACGUUAGAUCCGAUGUUGAAGGUUCGGACUUUGACUCGCGAAGGAAAAGUGCCACAGAUUUUCUCCGAGAAAUGAAAGAGUUAAACAGUGAAUUGUUGACUAGCACGGUUAUGAAAUACGUCACCCAGUUUUUGAGUCAUUCGAAUAAUGACUGGAAAAACAAGGACACGGCCAUUUACUUGUUUAGUUCGUUGGCUACAAAGGGUAAUGUCACCAACAUUGGAGUCACGGCAACAAACGUGUUGGUGGACGUGGUCAAGUUUUUUUCAGACAAUGUUGCCCAUGAUUUGGAGUCGCCGGAGGUUCAUCCGAUUUUACAAGUCGAUGCCAUCAAAUACAUCUACAUAUUCAGGAAUCAACUCACCAAGGAGCAGCUCAUUGCAACAAUGCCGCGGUUAAUCAACCACCUCAACGACAAGGCCAACGUUGUUGUUUACACGUAUGCGGCAAUCACCAUUGAAAAGUUGCUUUCAAUGACCAAUUUCAGUCAAGACCACCAACCAGUUUUCAACAAGAUGGAUAUUGAACCGUUUGUCAUGCUGCUAUUGACCAACUUGUUCAAUUUGAUCUUGAUCAAUGGCGAUGCAUCGCCUGAAAAGCUAGCUGAGAAUGAGUUUUUGGUCAAAUGCAUCAUGCGGAUCUUAAACACCUGUGAGGACUCUUUUUCCGAACGAGUGGUGAUUAUUGAUCAGUUGUUGCGCAUCCUUAAAAUCACGGCAAAAAAUCCAUCAAACCCCAAGUUUUCCCACUAUGUCUUUGAGUCCCUUGGCUUGCUAAUCAAGUUUGGCGUGCAGCAGAACCCGGCAAAUAUCAACGAGUACAUGGAGCACAUUGUGCCCGGCUUGCUAAACAUCUUGGGUGAGGACGUCCAAGAGUUUGUGCCGUACACUUUCCAGAUCUUGGCUUUUUUGUUGGAAAACUACCCCAAGGCCGGAGGAUUGCCAGAAACAUACAAGAGUCUCAUUCAACCGUUGAUGUCCCCUUCAAUAUGGCAAUUCAAGGGCAACAUUCCUGGCGUGACAAGAUUACUAAUCUCGAUAUUGGACCACGAUCCCACGUAUUUUGUCAAGUCCGACCACUUGGUGCCGUUACUCGGAGUUUUCCAGAACCUUAUUGCCAGCAAAACCAACGACUUGCAUGGCUUUGACUUGAUCCAAAGCAUACUCUUAACGGUGCCCAUUCAAUCGCUACAGCCAUACUUGAGCAACGUUGCGAGACUAAUGAUGAGCAGGUUGCAAAAGUCUAGAACAGACAAGUUUGUUAAGAGAAUAGUGGUGUUUCUUAAUGCCUUGACGUGCGCCAACUCGAGCAAACACAAGUUUACCAAUAGUGACGCUUUAAGCGGCGGUGACUUUAUCAUACAAUUUAUCGACUCUGUGCAAGCAGGUUUGUUUGGCCAGAUUUGGACGUCAUUCAUCUUGCCCACUUCGUCCGUUUUGGCAAACUUGCAAGACAAGAAGAUUGUCAAUAUCGGCAUCAGUGUGGUUUUGACCAAUUCCAACUUUGUAUCCACAUACCCGGAUUUGGUUGUACCCACCGUUGAAAAACUCGCCAGCAAUUUAGAGACUUAUGAAGGUAUUUCCAAGGGCAACAGCACGACUGCAUUCAAUGGAGCUGCGUCGUCAUUCGUUACUGGCCCAGCUUUAGGGGGAAUAAAUGAACUCGACGCCGAUUUCACCUCGUUCGGAUCCAAUUUCUCCAAGAUUGUCUGCAUUGCCAACACACCAUUCGACCCGCUUUCCGAGAUCAGAAACAAUGAUUUCGCCUCUAUCAAACUGACCAUUCUUGCAAAUAUCAAAAAGGUGGAAGUGUCGAUUUUGCAGCAAUUGAACGGCGAGGCGCAGAAGAAAUUGACACAGUUGGGAUUGUAA